AUGGAAGAGCCGAGGAGGCAUCGGUUCUUCAAGGUCCUCGCUGUCGACUUCGCGCGCCGAAUCGAGAUACCUCAAGGCUUCCUCUGUCAUUUUCCAGAGGGGAGACACAGAAAGUCUGGCACUACAGUGGUUGCAUCUCCUAAAGUCGUCCUUACGAAUGCUCAAGGGAAUAUUUGGCCUGUUGAGCUAGAGGAAAUUGACGGCCGCGUGUUUCUGACCACUGGAUGGCCAAAGUUUGUGGAGGACAACUGUUUGGGGAAGGGUGAAUUCCUUAUCUUCAAGUACUAUGGGAGAAUGCAUUUCAUGGUCUCCUUUUUUGGUGUGAAUGCUGUUGAGAAGUCAGAUACCAUGCAACGAAACACUCAAGGGGAUGAACUCAUUUCAUCCCAGGGCACAAUUGAUUUCCUUGACUCGCAUGAAGUAGUUUGCUCCAAAGAUUACUUGGAGACAUACUUGUCACAGAGUGAGACAAUGGAGGACGAUAAAGCUAAAGCAGUAGCGGAAGUAAUGAGAACUUUGCGUGUUGACAAAUUGACAGUAGACUUAUUCUGUUCUAUACUCUGUUUGUAUAAAUGGAAAGUUGAGUCGGCUGCAGAAUAUUUUAAUGUUUGUAGGGACAAACCACAGAUUCUGGAACAAUCUCUGAAGCAGAAAUUUGUUUUGCAGUUUGACUUUGUAAAGGGACAACUACAACGCUUCUUCCCUCAAGAUUAUGAUUAUGAGGGGAUCAAGAAGAACAAUAUUGAGGGACCUAAUUUGUCUAAUCAACCACUACAACAUGACCUGAUAGUGGCACCAGUGAAACGGAGGCUAGUUGAUGAAUAUAAACCUUGUGACUUGCCUCAUCGACAGAAGAGAAUAGUUAAGUUGCAGGGAAACUCACUGCAAACUCAAACACCAAGAAGAUCACCACGAUUGGCACACACCAGAAGAUCACCACGAUUGGCACGCACCAACAAUACUUGUAACAACAACAAAAAAGUGUGCAAAGGAAGAGCCAAAGUGCUUAAAACACCACCAGAUGCAAGAAAUCAGGUGAAGGAUAGAGCACAUAAAUCAUGUUCGCUUCAUAAGAAACUAGAUAAUGCCUUGAAAGCAGUCCAUGAAGAAGCAACAGGUUCCUUAUCUCAGGACCUCAGGAUACCGGAUUCCCCACAGUGUGAGGUUGGCUUAAGUAAAGAGCAUGAACAUGAUCAAGGAGAUACUGGCAAAAUGUUGGAUCAAGUCAAUGAUGGAGAAAACUGUAAAGAACAUUUGAGAAGAGAUGCUAUGGGAAAUUCUGAGUCAUUCAUGAGUACAUAUUGCGUAGAGCCAUUGCCAACCAACUCUAGGUUGACAGCAUAUUCAAGAAUAAAUGAGCUAUCAUUUACAUGGAAGCCCUCAGAACAUGCCAGUCCCCUUGAGAAAGUUUUACUUGACAUUCAAAGAGAUAACUUCGUGAACACCAUUGCACGCAUCCAGAAAAUCAUACAGGAUGACCCUUCAGAUGUGCUUAGUGCAGAUGUAAUUGAAGCCACUGUGCGGAUAGAAAUUAUUAAAUGGGAUUUAUGCCUUCAGGACAAGGAUGCCCAUAAGAUAGUAAAUGCAAUGUUGGAAUAUGCUAAAAAGGUCAAGGGGAGACAGAAUUUCAAUACUGAGAUGAGGAAGGAAGAGUUCUCUGCAAAGCUGCACGAUCUCCUGAAGUGGCAGCUUAAAGAACUAGAACUUACAUACACUUCCUUGGAAUCAGAUUACAAGAAAGCAACGACUGACACUAGCAUUUUUUUCUCGACAUUUGAAGAACACAAGAAAAAGUUGCAUGCCAUUAAGGACGGUAUCAAGGACCUGCAGCAGGCCUGUAUGACUAAGGAUGAUGAAAUGCAAAAAUUGGCACAUCAAGUCGCUGAGCAUGAGACUGUAUAUCAGAAGUCUAUAAUGGAAAAGGUUAGGGUUAAGAUGGCUCUGAAGAGCCAUGAACAGACUCUUGGUUACUUAAAAGAGCAGCUAGCCUCUACUGAAUCUGGAUCAAUUGACGUAGGAGCAUUGGUUAAGGUAGAGAUGGAUAAUAUGAGUAAGGAGAUUGAACUCUCCAAGGGAAAUCUUCUAAAUAUCAACUUCAAGAAAGAGUAA